UGGCGGGAGGGCGGCUCUGAGGAGACCUCGGCGGCGGCGGAGGAGGAGAGAAGCGCAGCUCCGCGCAGCGCCGGGGCCCAUGUGGGGAGGAGUCGGAGUCGCAGUUGCCGCCGCCGCCGCCUGUAGCUGCGGGAGCCGAGUGGGAGUGAGGGGGACACGGCAGGAUGAAGUUCGCCGAGCACCUCUCCGCGCACAUCACUCCCGAGUGGAGGAAGCAGUACAUCCAGUAUGAGGCAUUCAAGGAUAUGUUGUAUUCAGCUCAGGACCAGGCACCUUCUGUCGAAGUUACAGAUGAGGAUACAGUUAAGAGAUAUUUUGCCAAGUUUGAAGAGAAGUUUUUCCAAACCUGUGAAAAGGAACUUGCCAAAAUCAACACAUUUUAUUCAGAGAAGCUGGCAGAGGCUCAGCGCAGGUUUGCUACACUUCAGAAUGAGCUUCAGUCUUCACUGGAUGCACAGAAAGAAAGCAUUGGUGUCACUACAUUGCGACAACGCAGAAAACCAGUCUUCCACCUGUCCCAUGAGGAGCGUGUCCAACAUAGGAAUAUUAAAGACCUUAAGCUGGCCUUCAGCGAGUUCUACCUCAGCCUCAUUCUGCUGCAGAACUAUCAGAAUCUGAAUUUUACAGGGUUUCGAAAAAUCCUUAAAAAGCACGACAAGAUUCUGGAAACAUCUCGUGGGGCAGAUUGGCGAGUGGCUCAUGUAGAGGUGGCCCCAUUUUAUACAUGCAAGAAAAUCAACCAGCUCAUUUCUGAGACUGAGGCUGUAGUAACCAAUGAACUUGAAGAUGGUGACAGACAAAAGGCUAUGAAGCGAUUGCGUGUGCCUCCUUUGGGAGCGGCUCAGCCUGCGCCAGCAUGGACUACUUUUAGAGUUGGCCUAUUUUGUGGAAUAUUCCUUGUGUUAAAUAUUACCCUCGUGCUUGCAGCCGUAUUUAAACUUGAAACAGAUAGAACUGUAUGGCCCUUGAUAAGAAUCUAUCGGGGUGGCUUUCUUCUGAUUGAAUUCCUUUUUCUACUGGGCAUCAACACGUACGGUUGGAGACAGGCUGGAGUAAAUCAUGUCCUCAUCUUUGAACUUAAUCCAAGAAACAAUUUGUCUCAUCAGCAUCUCUUUGAGAUUGCUGGAUUCCUGGGGAUAUUAUGGUGCCUGAGCCUUCUGGCAUGCUUUUUCGCUCCAAUUAGUAUCAUCCCUAUAUACGUGUACCCACUUGCCCUUUAUGGAUUUAUGGUCUUCUUUCUUAUCAACCCCACCAAAACUUUCUACUACAAAUCCAGAUUUUGGCUGCUUAAGCUUCUGUUUCGAGUAUUUACAGCUCCCUUCCAUAAGGUAGGCUUUGCUGAUUUCUGGCUGGCCGAUCAGCUGAACAGCCUGUCAGUGAUACUCAUGGACCUGGAAUAUAUGAUCUGCUUCUACAGUUUUGAGCUCAAAUGGGAUGAGAGUAAGGGCCUGUUGCCAAAUGAUCUACAAGAACCAGAAUUUUGCCACAGAUACACAUAUGGUGUGCGAGCCAUUGUUCAGUGUAUUCCUGCUUGGCUUCGCUUCAUCCAGUGCCUGCGCCGGUACCGUGACACAAAAAGGGCCUUUCCUCAUUUAGUAAAUGCUGGCAAAUACUCCACCACUUUCUUCACCGUGACCUUUGCAGCCCUGUACAGCACUCACAAAGAACGACAGCACUCAGACACUGAGGUGUUCCUUUAUUUGUGGGUUGUCUUCUGUGUCAUCAGCUCCUGCUAUACCCUCAUUUGGGAUCUCAAGAUGGACUGGGGUCUCUUUGAUAAGAACGCAGGAGAAAACACUUUUCUCCGGGAAGAAAUCGUAUACCCCCAAAAGGCUUAUUACUACUGUGCCAUCAUAGAAGAUGUGAUACUGCGCUUUGCUUGGACUAUCCAAAUCUCUAUUACUGCUACGACUUUUCAGCCUCAUGUUGGAGACAUCAUUGCUACUGUCUUUGCCCCCCUUGAGGUUUUCCGGCGAUUUGUAUGGAACUUCUUCCGCCUGGAGAACGAGCAUCUGAAUAACUGUGGUGAAUUUCGUGCCGUGCGGGACAUCUCUGUGGCCCCCCUGAAUGCAGAUGAUCAGACACUCCUUGAGCAAAUGAUGGACCAGGAAGAUGGGGUGCGAAACCGCCAGAAGAAUCGGUCAUGGAAGUACAACCAGAGCAUAUCCCUGCGCCGGCCUCGCCUCGCGUCCCAAUCCAAGACUCGAGACACUAAGGUAUUGAUAGAAGAUACAGACGACGAAGCUAACACUUGAAUUCUCUGAAGUCUCGAUUAACAUCCUUGGUUUCCUACUCUACAAUUCUUCCCUUGACCAACGCAACCUCCAGCACCUUUUUCCAGCUGAGAACAGGAGAAAACAGAACACGUUCCCGGGCUCUUCAGAUCGGGUCCUAUGGACUCGAGCAAGCUCACUGUGUUUCUUUUCUUUUCUUCUGGUUUAAUCUUCAUUUUCUAUUUUUAAAACAAAAACUUCAUUUUGCCAAUCAGAGGAUGUUUUAAGGAACAAAAACCUAAUAUCUUAUGGAUUGUUUACAAUCACAAAGACACAGAUGCCCAUCAGGAUGAAGAACAGGCAUUGGAAGGAGGCCUCUGAUGGACGGCAUGGACAUAACUCAGCUUCCGCCUAGCCCGGUUUUGACUGUUUGAAACCGGACACUGGUUUUUAAAUUUUCUGUCAGUUUCUGUGGAGAGUUUUUUCCCUUCCUUCCUAUCCAGCAUAGAGCCACUGGCAGCACUUGCAGGGAAAGUGCAGCUUGGAGCAGCACCCUCCUCCACGAAGCUACUUUUUAAUUUGACGUGGGUUUUCUCAU